AGCCAAUACCAGAAGAAAUUGUAUUAUUACAAAGAAAAUCUGUUGCAAAAAAUACUCAUCGAUCUACUUUAAAUUGGGUUAAUCAGUUUGAGCUAUACCAAAAAAAUACUAAUCUUCUUGGCGAAUUAUCUGAUAUUUUAAAUCCAAAACAACUUGAAGAAGAGCUUUGCAAAUAUUUUACUAUAUGUCGCAGGGCUAAUGGCAAUGAAUAUUCUGUAGUAUCUCUCCAAUCUGUGAUCAAUGCAUUUAAUCGGUAUUUUAAUGGUGAAACAAGUAAACUCAAACCAAUUGAUUUAAAUAACAAAAAGGUGCAUCCUGAUCUUUGGUGUACAUUAAAUAAAAAAUUAAAACAUUGUCUGCAAGUGGUUGAGUCAUGCAAUAUUGAUAUCUCUGGUCAUAAAAUUACAAACCAAACUGGACGUAAAACUUUAAUUCAAAUUUUAAAGUUUCUUGGAUUAUUUGAUUAUGAAACAAUAUCAAUUUCACACCACAAAUCACAAAAAGGGGUAGCAUCUUAUGAACAUCCAAUUAAACAUAUGCAAGAACUUGGAUAUCAAGCCUUGAAUAGGGCAAUUGGUUAUCAUAAUGAAGAA